CGCGCCCCCGCGCCCCGCUGUCCGGGUGCCGCAGCUACCUCAGCCGCCCGCGCGCGGGUCCCUGCCAGCUGCCUUUGCCGCCCGUCCGGCCGCGGGUCGGGCCCACAGUUGUGAAUAUCAAAAAGUCUGUGACCUGCUGAGGAGUGCAGUCUGAAGCCCUGCUUUCCGUUUUUUUAGCUGCAGAGGACCAGCCCCAAGGAGAGCCUCCAUUCUUGGGCCGAAGCCAAGGUGAAGAGUAGCAGUGACCUGGGAUAAUGAUCCCUGCUUCUCGCCUAAGUUGAAUAAGCACCUUGUGCACUUUAAUCCCCUGUCAGUGGCAUCAGGCUGACCGAAGACAGGUUUUGGAAAUCUCAGCUACAAAGACAUCUAGCCAAAGUCUCAGUCUUGCCUUAACAAUGUUCCAGAGAUUGAAUAAAAUGUUUGUGGGUGAAGUCAAUACUUCUUCGAACCAAGAACCAGAAUUUAGUGAGAAAGAAGAUGAUGAGUGGAUUCUUGUUGACUUCAUAGACACUUGCACGGGUUUCUCAGCAGCAGAGGAUGAGGAAGAAGAUGACAUCAGUGAAGAGUCACCUCCCGAGCACCCUUCAGUCUUUUCCUGUCUCCCUGCGUCUCUCGAGUGCUUGGCUGAUACGAGUGACUCCUGCUUCCUCCAGUUUGAGUCCUGUCCAAUGGAGGAGAGCUGGUUUAUCACCCCUCCCCCAUGUUUUACUGCAGGUGGAUUAACCACUAUCAAGGUGGAAACCAGUCCUAUGGAAAACCUUCUCAUCGAACACCCCAGCAUGUCCGUCUAUGCUGUGCAUGACCCCUGCCCCAGUCUCGGUGAGGCCCACUGUGGGACUGAGGAAUUCCAUAACCCAGGCAGUCCCAGAGUGGAAGCUGAGAAUGAGAUGGGGCAGCAUAUUCAUUGCUACGUUGCAGCUCUCGCUGCUCAUACAGCUUUUCUGGAACAACCCAAGAGCUUUCGCCCUUCGCAGUGGAUUAAAGAACACGGUGAAAGACAGUCUCUGAACAGAAAUAGCCUUCGUCGCCAAAAUCUUACCAGAGAUUGCCACUCUCGGCAAGUCAAGCACAGCGGCUGGGCUGUCCAUCAGCCCUGCCCACGUCAGUACAAUUACUAAGAAUCUGAAGCGUGUCUGGUUGGCUUCUCAUAGUUUGUGCAUAUGUGUGGGCAUGUGCAUGUAUGGACGGUGAAGAUGCUGUCUCUUUACAGCCAACAGAUGACCAAUCACAUAGUUUUAUCGGUGUGUUUAGACACUAUCUUGAAAACCAGAUUUAUAUGCUGUGUAUCACGUAAUGCCUUGCUCUUAACAUUUGCUUUUUUGUAAAAAUUUUUUCAGAAUAUUUUUGGAAACAUAUCAAUACAGUUAGUGUUUUGGGAAGGUCUUUAAAUCUAUUAAGGUGUACAUGAGUUAGCAAUUUUAAGAUGUUUCUUCCCAAGUACGAGAAUAGGCAUCUUUCAAUUUCAUUUUAUUGGGUAUUAAUCAGUCUUUUGAGUAAGCAGAAAUUUAUUCUCAGGGUCAGCCAUACACUUUAUUGACCAGUACUUGAUAAUCUUUUCUGUAUAUAAUGAAUACAUUUUUACACACUAACAUGAGCAUUAACAGGUGAUGUGGUUGCCACAGAUAUAAUGGAAUUAUGGCUGAACUUUCUUUUGGAAGAAAACUUGAUAUAUUUCUGUGUGUAUGGGGUUUUUAUUUCCCAGAUUAGCCAUGCAGUUCAUUUUGGAAUUCAGGUACAUUAAGUGUUAGUGAGCAGUGCAUUCAAUAAUUCCGAUGUGACUGUGUAACGUGGUACAGACAUUACGGCAUCGUGGGACAACAGUGCCCGUCUCACGUGCAGAGGGAUUAAAUUCAACCUGUGAAAUUGUAUUUGGGGAAAUGUGUAUCUGUAAGUAAUGCAUUGGUCCACUGUUUGUUAGGAUUCUUUCCUGCCAGCUCUGCCUACUCGCCACCUCACAUCAGCUGUAGAUUCAGAAGUCCGUGUCCUGCACUCUAGUGGCUUCCUAUUUAUAUCUGCCCAGGGGAAAAGAGAUAGGCUUUGUAUUUCUGAUACAGUGAUAGAUCCUCUGCUGUGGAGCCUGUUCCGCCAGCUGGCAAGCAACAGUGAAGGGGAUUCCUGGUGACAUCUAUUCAUAGCAUCUAAAUGAAGAGUGACAGGUUGAGUUUUUCCUUGAGUUUAUAUAUAUAUAUUUUUAACUUGGGCUUCAGGCAAAUUCCUUAACCACUUUGGCCUUUGGCCCCUCCACCAAGGGGGGAGUAGUAACACGUACCUCCCUCCCAGUUGUGAGGACCGUAUACUGAUUGAAGUGGGGCUGUCCUGAACUGAUCCUUGGGUGGAAUUCCAAGGGCCCCUCUGCUGAGUCUAGUGCAGGGGCGGGGCCGGGGCAGCUCUUCGGCCAUAACUCCUCUUCAGAGAGUUGGUGCUUGUGAGGCCAGGGUGCAGGGUUCGGGUCACACCGAGGCCAGUUAGCUCAAUGAACGCAGAGAAAACCUAUUUCUUUACCUUUAGUCACUUUAUUUUUUCGCAGUUGGGAUGGGUUUUGCUGAGCCAUCUGCACUCUGACCAGUUUCCUCUGAAAUUAAGUUGAACACAUUUACAACCCAAAGCACAUUCUACUGACAGAGCAAUAAUACUAUCACCUUCAUAAUCAGAUAGCUUAUUUUUCCAGUCUCCUCUGCAAUCCUAAUUGAGUACAUGACUAGACAGUGUUGUCAAGGAAAAAGCAGCAUAUAGUUAUGUGAAGUAUUGUUUUAUUCUUCAGCAACCCUGUAGCAGCUGGAUGCAGGGAACCAUGGGAGACUUUGCAGUGAAUUCUGACCAGACUGGGACGUGUGGAGUCGGGAGAGGUGACAUAGCUUAGUUAGAUGAUAGUGGUAGGCUGUUCCUCCACCACUGGCUGUGCUGAAGGGCCAGGAAUAUCUCUCCAGAACAAGGGUCUAGAUCCUCCUUCUCACCUUAGUCCCCUUCUGUUUCGACUACCCCUUUAUUUAUUUGUUUUCCUCAUUAGGGGCCAAGUCUGUUAGGUUUUGUCAAACUGAGCUAGAAGUUGUUUUGUUACUAUUUGUGUUUACCAGCAUUGGGAGAUAGAGUGUUCAUGAAAGUGUGUAUGUUUUAUGCCAUGACUGUUAAAGGGCCGUAUGUUGCUAACUUGAGCAUAGGUGUAAGCCUCUGAAUACAUGGGGGUCUCUUUUUUUCACAUACUAAAUGUAAGCUGUUAGUACCUCAUGAGCUCCAGAAGUUCAGCCAUGAGAAUUUGUUUGGCAGCAUGAACAGAUUUGUAUAUAAAACUACAAUGGUCUUUUUUUUAACUAUUAUUUUUUCAGAUUUCCUGAUACCUUAAAUACAUUUACAUUUCUAUCAGUUACUGACUUUUCGUUUGCCUUAUUUGGGCCAGGUUUUUUAUGCUUUGUACCUGGAAAACAAUUGACUUCAGUCUUUUCAGUGUUUUUUCAGGGUAAGGCCUACCAUACAUCUGUGAUAUCAUACUGUGGUUUCUGCAUCAGUGUCUUAAGGCUUCUGUCUAAAACUGGCCCAUGUAAGAACUGAAGAAAGUGGUCACCUAAGGCAGUUCUUGGUCAUCACGUGUUUGUUAAGGAUCGACUAUGUGCAGGUUCACAAGACCAAUAAUAACAGAGAGUGCUAUUGACCUGUUAAGUAUUCUUUGAAACAGGGCUGAAAUGCAGCUUAUUAUAAGUUAAUUAUUUUUGCUGUUGUAAAUAUAAAUGGUUUACAGUGUGCUUUAGUGCAUAUUUCUUAAAAAUUCCAGCGGUGAGAAAUAAGACCCUUUUGAAUUUAGCGCUCUGGUUCUAAACUGAUAAUAUAGCAUGUUACUUGGAAAAAGUCUGGAAUAUGUGGUGCACACAGCAGUGCUUCAUGAAUGAGUUUCUUAGUUAUAAUGCACCAUGUUUCUCAAAGUUUGUGUUUUUCAUUUUUAAAACAUUUUAUGAUGUAUAUCUUAUGUUUAUUACUUUUCUUCCUCAAAUAAUUUGAUUAUGUACUGCACCAUAAGUUGAAGAUUAACCACCCAUUAUUUAUCUUCUGUGGGACUUUAUAUGGUUGGGUUGGGGGGAGGGUAGGGAAUUUUUUGCAGAAGGUGCAGAGUGAUUGGGUUUAUUACUCACUAUUCCAGGGAGCUUUUUUUACAUUGAUUUCCUGUGCGUUUUUUCCCAGUUCCGAUGCAAACUGUUUCUGUUUACAUACCUUCUCUGUUGUAUCAGUACUUUGAUUCUAGUGAGAUUACAGUUUACUUAAAACUUGGGAGGGCCAUUCAGCAUUGCCUAAUGUUUUUGCUUCUCAAAUCUGUGUAGUACACUGGUUUGUAAUCUUUGUGUCUUCAUUGAAUCUGAGUAUCUUUGCUGUUUCUCUUCCUCAAAGAAAUAUGUUGUCUUAUAUACUCUUUUAAGAAAAAAGAGUAAAGAAGGAUAUCUAUCUUUCUCUCAUUUUCUUUGAGUUCAAAACAAAAAAGGACUCUAGAAGAUAGACAUUUAAAUUUAAAUAGCUUAGUGGAAAAGUUUAAGAGUUUCCAGUUAACAGUCUCUGUCUUUAGAAUCAGUUAAGAGACUGCUCCUUGUACUGGAGAUACUAGCAUGUUUGUGAUGUUACCUGAAAAUUAUCUCUUUAUUUUGUAAGUCCCAUACGUACUGGUUAAAUUCUUUAAAGAGUUGGGCCACUAUCAUGGAUGGUUCACUGCCAUCGGCCCUGUUGAUGUAUUAUAAAUGGCAUUCUUAUCUACUUAUUUUAAUGCUUAAAGUUUUAUAUAAAAUGCUUUAUUUAGAAAACUUACAUAAUAUAGUGGUGUCAGCCUUGCCAUGUACCAAUUUCACUUGAAAUUUGACACCAAUUGCAGUGGUCUGGGGUGGAGAAGGCAGUCCUGGAAAGCAUACAGAUAAGGAUAUCUUUUCCUGUUUGCAACAGUAUCCUUUAUGUGGGAGGAGAAGUUACUAUUCCAAGGAAGGCAGCUUAAGUGGAUAAUGUUUUGUGUGUCAUUGACAAUUUUUCUUAAAAUAUUUUUUAAAUUGUGUAAUUGCUAAAUGCCCAAUUUUUCUCUGUAUUUGCCUGAAGUUUUAGUAUUUGUUUUCUAGGUUGACUUCUAAAAACCAAACCAGCUUGGGGAGGUUAGAUGUGUCUGUUUCCAAGCUUGGUGUGUGUGAGUGGUUUUGCUUGCUUUUUGGUUGUGUUUUCCUCCAGAGGUUUGGAAAUCUUAAUCAGUAAUUGUGUGUAUUAUUUUAUUUUAAGUGGCUUUGGUUUUGUUUUUUUUUUUUCCCUCAAGUAAAAUUGUGAACACAUUUGCUUUUCAAGGGCAGGGCGUCAGUCCUAGAGACUGAAGAGUGUUGUAGGCUGUACUCUGUGCCUUCCUGGUGUGUUUCUGGACACAGUUUUUUUGUGUUUUUUUUUCAACAACUUGAAAACUUAAAAGGGACAUUUGGUUAGGUUAUAUACUGUACAUCAAUCUAUGCAUAAAUGGCAGCUUGUUUUCUUGAGCCACUGUCUAAAUUUUUUUUCUGUUUUUAUAGAAAAUUUUUGUACUGAUUGGUUCAUAGAUGGUCAGUUUUAUACACAGACUAAACAAUACAGCACUUUGCCAAAAAAUAAGUGUAGCAUUGCUUAAACAUUGUAUAUUAACACCAGUUCUUUGUAAUUGGGUUCAGUGGUGUAUUUUGCACUACCUGGAGUUACGGUUUUUAAUCUGUCAAUAAAUAAAAUGUCCUUUACCUUCA